CUUGGAGACCCAAAAUGGCUGCCAAAAGAAACACGAGCUCUCCUGCAAAUGAGACGCUAGGUCAGUCUCUCUUUCUUCCGUCCCUCGUUCCAUGCCUAAUUGGUUCGGCUUUGUUUUUGGUUUGGACCCAAGAAAAGCUCGCAGUUCAGGCCAAUAUAGUCAUUUCCAGUUUUCCCGAUUCCUUUUGCAGUGCCAGUGAUGGUGAGCGGAAUUAUUAGGAAUUUCAGUAUCUUCCAGACGCAGCGUUUUCUGAAGCCGCUUUGCGACAAAAACGGGGUGAAAUACUUCUAGAAUCUUCAAAUUCUUCUUCUGCAUUUGAAAUUUUCUGCGAUUCUUAGCUUCAACUGCAAGCUUUUCUUGGUUCCAAACCAAAAUGUCACGAUCGGAGAACGAAGUCGCGGCCGAUGAUGCAUCAAAGUUCAAUGUCGAGUUCAGGAGCCAUGACGAUGAAGCGUGGUACUCCGUGAGGGUUGUGCUGGAGCAAGAAGAAGUUCUGAGACUGAAGUUCCUGAAUUUCGGCGACAGUCACGAUAAGGUGUUUGAAGCUCAAUGCUUCAAUAGCUUGAAGGAGGUGGAAGAGUUCGAGAAGCGGUUCAGACCGGUUUCGUUGCAGCUCCAAGACGAUGAGUGCCGCAGCAUCAUACCAGGAACGACCGUCUGUGCCUGCUAUCAGUAUAACUCUGAAGAUGUUCGCUUCUACGACGCUACUGUUGUUGCGGUGCAAGAGAAGGAACAUUCUUUCAACGGAGGAGAGGAAGAGUGCUUAUGCACCUAUACACUUCUCUGGUUACAUGGACCUGUAGCUGGAAUUUACAGUAAUGCCACUGUAGCAGAUGUUUGCAAAAUUCAGCCAACUUCAGGGCUGGAUCCCGUAGUGGCUUCAUUUCUGAAGAUUGCAAGGGAAAGAACUAAAGUUACUGCUAAUUCUAUUUCAUUUUCCAAGGGAGCUAGUGGAUUGGAAGUGGUACAGCCCUGCAAUGGAAGCCAAAAUAUUAAACAGAAAAGUAGUUUUCUUGAGCGCCUAUACAUGGAUGCUCGCUGUACCAGGCGGUCAAUCAGUAAAAAUCCAUCUUCAUGUGAAAAUAGGAUUGCCAAGCUUCUUAGCAAAAGACUGGAAGAUAGAGAUCUUGGUGGGAAGAAAAACUUAUUUAUGAUAUUAGUUGGGAAUCUGGAUAAAACUUUAUCUCCACCAACAAUUGAAGAAUUCUUAUACAGACACAUCUCUGUAUCACCCAGAGUGUACAUUUUUCCGAGUUUAUCGUCGGAGUUGUUUACUAGAGGGGCCUUUGUCUUUGAUAGUAAAGGAGAUUUUGAAAAGCUUCACAACUUUUUGAACGACCCCACUCAGAUAGUGAUGUCUUCAACAGGAAGGCCAUGGGUGAUGACUGAAGAGGUGGUGGGGCUUAAAAACAUCAAAGCAUCAAUUGGAACAUUAAUGCCUGCAUCUAAGAACAAGACAUUGCAAAAAGAAUGUGAUGGAAAGAGAACUGAUUUAAAGAUUGUUCGUGUUGGAACUCGAGAGUUCAAGAUGGCCAGUGACCUUAGGGAUAUUUUCAUGGAAUUUUCUGCUCACCAAAGGCAACUCCACCAGCGGCUCGCAUUUGAGGAGAGAAUGCUUCCUGCAAUCUUCAGGUCUCUCCACCAAGACGUUACUUUGAAAUCAAUUCACUGUCAAUAUGGGCAUUAA